AUGUUGGAUUUAGAAAUUGUUCCUGAGCGAUCUUUGGGCUGCGAUGCCUGGGAAUUUGUAUUAGGGAUGCACUUUUCACAGUCGGUUGCCAUCAUACAGAGUCAGGUCGGCACAAUAAGAGGAGUACAAGUCCUAUAUAGUGAUCAGAAUCCGUUAUCAGUAGACCUAGUAAUAAAUAUGCCGCAGGACGGCAUCCGGUUAAUAUUUGACCCGGUCGCGCAACGCCUCAAGAUUAUAGAAAUUUACAAUAUGAAAUUAGUUAAGCUUAGGUAUAGUGGCAUGUGCUUCAACUCGCCUGAAAUAACGCCGUCAAUCGAACAAGUGGAGCACUGCUUCGGUGCGACGCAUCCUGGCCUCUACGACUCACAGCGUCAUCUCUUUGCGUUGAACUUUCGAGGCCUGUCUUUUUACUUUCCAGUCGAUAGCAAAUUUGAGCCCGGCUACGCGCAUGGUUUGGGCUCACUACAGUUCCCCAACGGCGGCUCGCCCGUCGUGUCUAGAACCACAAUCUACUAUGGAUCACAACAUCAGAUGAGCAAUAGCAGUCACAGUAGCGGUCGCUGUACCGCUCCGUUACCAGAGUUACCGCUGUCCUGCUACCGGCAACAGCUGCAUUUACGUCGCUGUGACGUGUUACGAUCACCCUCCUCUACCCUUGGCUUAAGGCUUCACAUGUACACGGAAGGCGCGUCGCGCGGCAGCUCUGUGUCGCUGGGUGCGCGGCGCGUGGUGCGGUUCGGCGACAGCUGCCAGGCGGUGUCUCGCGCGCUAUGUGCGCCGGCGCGCCUGUACUACAAGGCAGACGACAAGAUGCGCAUCCCCCGCCCUACCGCCCGCCGUCGACCACCGCCAGCAUCUGACUACUUCUUCAACUACUUCACGCUCGGCCUGGACGUAUUGUUCGACGCGCGCACUCACCGUGUGAAGAAGUUCGUGCUGCACACCAACUACCCGGGCCACUACAAUUUCAACAUGUACCACCGCUGUGAGUUUGAGCUCACCGUGCAGCCCGAUAAAUGCGAGUCAAACGCUCUAGUUGAAAGCCGUGGCGCCGUCACCAUAACAGCGUACAGCAAAUGGGAGACGGUCUCACGGGCGUUGCGUGUUUGCGAGCGGCCUGUAGUGCUAAAUCGUGCAUCCUCUACCAACACCACCAACCCUUUCGGCUCAACAUUCUGCUACGGCUACCAGGACAUGAUAUUCGAGGUGAUGUCGAACAACUACAUCGCGUCGAUUACUCUGUACCAGCCUGAAGGCAGCCGACCACACUAUGCGGUCAAUUCAAUAGCGUGA